GUGCUAGGUGUAGUGUAAUAUGUUUUCUGACUGUAGAUGUUCUCCAUUAGUGGUGUUGCUAAUUGCAGGUUUGUUGAAAUUUGUUGAAACAAUAAACACAACAACAACAACAACACAACUAUUACCAAUUCACAUUAAUUCAACUGUGGUAACAACGACGGCUUCACUAAAUAUUUCUUCAACAACAACAACAACAACAACUGUUACUAAUGAUAUCUGCUCAUCAGUCGUGUGCCCCGGUUCUAGAAUGUGUGUUCCUGAUCCAGAUUUUAAAGGAGGUUAUAAAUGCUGCAAAAUAGUAACAUGCCCAAAAAACGAUGGUCGUUAUUGUCCUGACCCUGGUCUUCUACCAAAUACCACUCGACUGCCGGUUAAAAGAACCAAAAAGUAUCCGUUCAAACCAACAGAGAUUGUUAUAUACCAAUGCCUGCCGAAGCUAAAGUAUGCCGAUAGCGCAGUAAGGAAGAUCACUUGCUUAAGGAAUGGGUCGUGGAGUUACAACAAACCUCGUUGUGUGGAAUAUCCAAUAUUAAGAAACCCUGGGAAAAUGCCUGAUUCCCCAACUCCGACAAAAAAACCUGAAGCUCCUGCUAGCAACAGUGGCACAGUGAUUGCUGUAGCUGUUAUUUUCUCUGUGUUCUUGGUCAUUGCUGUGGUGUGGUUUCUCUGGACAAGAUGGAAAAGAAACCAGGAAGAACAAUUAUUUCAAAAUGAGAAUAUUUAUCAAAACGAGAUGGAUUCUUCAUACAAACCAGUGGUGUACGUAUUUAAUCCAGCUGAUUUGAUGAAUGCUGGGAUUAAAGCUGAAGACUUUCCACAAUACGUAGCCUUACGCCAUCAUAAUAACGACCAAGGCUUUAUAGAGGAAUUUGAGGAAAUACAAAACUGGCAAAGGCCUUGCAGCUUGCGUUGCGACGCUUCUGUAUUAGUUGAAAACACAGAGAAGAACAGAUACACCAAUAUUGUUGCUUAUGACCACACGAGAGUGCUGUUGCAAGCAAAUCGUAAUCGUCAUAGAAAUCUUCACCGUGGAGCGGAUUAUAUCAACGCGAACUAUGUUUCAAGUUAUACCUCAAACAGAGCAUACAUUGCUUGCCAGGGCCCGCUGCCAAAUACGUUUAAUGAUUUUUGGAGGAUGGUUUGGGAGAAUAACACAUCUACUAUCAUCAUGAUCACCAACUUAGUUGAAAAGGGAAGGCGUAAAUGUGACCAAUACUGGCCACAAGAGGGACGAGAGCAAUACAAACACAUUGUAGUGACUUUAAAAUCCACAGAAGUUUUUGCGAACUACACAGUUCGAAGUUUCACUCUUAAAAACAAUAAACUUUCUCGUCGAAAUGGCAGAGGAGGUGAACGCAGAGUGAUGCAAUUCCACUACACACAGUGGCCGGACCAUGGUACACCAGAAUACCUUCUUCCUGUUUUAUCUUUCAUAAGGAAAUCAUCCACUUACAAGCCACCUCAUGCGGGGCCUAUUGUUAUACAUUGCAGCGCUGGCGUUGGACGUACAGGCACGUACAUAGUAAUACAUAGUAUGAUGGAAAUGUUACAAGCAACAGGGUAUGUCAACGUGAGGGAGUUUCUGAGGCAAAUACGACUUCAACGUAACCAUCUUGUACAGACUGAGGACCAAUACGUGUUUGUACACGAUGCUAUUUUGGAACAUAUUACCAGUGGAAUAACUGAGCGGUCCCUCAUGCAACUUGCUAUGUACUACCAGAAGCUUACGAAUAAGAAACCUGAGGUUUAUCAGAAUGGCAAGGGAGAUGUAGGAAGCUCAGUGCUUAGAUCUGGACUGGAGAAACAGUUUAUGCAAGUAGUGUACUCACGAAGUGACAAUCUUGAUUUUGACUUUGCGAUGCGAUCGGUAAAUGAGAACAAGAAUCGACCAGGAGCAUUGCUGCCUGUGUUUCGAUCACGAGCUCUGCUUUGCAACAGGACAAGCGCUGAAGGUUCAGAUUAUAUCAACGCGUCUUUUCUACAGAGUUACCGGAGCAGCCAUGGUUUUAUCAUCACCCAACUUCCCCUACCAACCACUAAGAAGGAUUUCUGGCAGUUAAUAUGGGAUCAUAAUUGCUCUUCCAUUGUCACAAUACUUGACAAUGAAUCUACAGAGAACGAAUGCUACUGGCCGAACCAAUCUCGCCCCCUGCAUUGCAACUCCUUCAAUGUUAGUUUUGGCUCUGAAUCCCUUGUGUCAGAUGAGAGUGAAUGUCGCUUGAAAUGUAGAGAGUUUAUAUUGGAAGCUACGAAGGAUGAUUAUGUGUUGGCUGUGAAACAAUUUGAGUUAAGUUCGUGGUCAACUGAAACACCAAGUAUAACUCAACUAAAUGCAUUACGUCAUAUCAUCAAGUUAACUUCCAGUAAAGAUGGAUCAACUGUUCUGCAAGACAGAUUUGGUUCGACUGCUGCAGCCCAGUUAGCAUGCUGGUAUCUCAUUCAUUGUCAGUUGGAUAAUGAGAACACAGUUGAUAUUUAUCAGACGGCAGUUCUUGCUUGCCAGAUGAGACCACGAGUGUUUACAUCUCCAGCCCAUCUCAAGUUUUUGUACGAAGCAUCUUUGCUUGAGGCUAAAGUUCGUUGCAACAAUUCAAGUCACGAGGUGAAGCGUGCCGUGAGUCCGACCCAAACAUUUUCUAACCAGAUGAAUAGGAAUGUAAACAAUGAUGAGACAGUUACAGAGAAGACAGAGUUGCUUAUUGAAGAUAGGUCCUCCUCUCGACAAGAAUCUGCAGCUCAAUCAGUGGAAACGAAAUCAAGCGACGUCGAUGAUGUCAUGCAAAUAGGUGAUGAUGUCGUUGCCAUGAACGAUGAGGUUUUUGUCACCAACCCUGUUUAAUAACUGAGAUUAAAAAAGUCUUGUUUUAUUUGGUUUAAAAGCUGUUGUAAUAUUAAAAUUAAAGUUUUAACCAGUUUUAAUUGAUAUAACUACUGGAACUUUAAGAAUUAUUUUGUUUUAGCCAGUUUUAUUACUGCAAAUGAAAUAGAUUUCUUGUUUGAACCUGUUUUAACCAGUUUUCCUUAUUACGACUUUAAGAUAUUGUAAUUAUUGCAGUUCCUUCUUUCCACGGUGCUAUAUUAAUACUUAUUGCAUGUUUUUCAUCCAUUUUUCUUCUUGAAAUAACCUAUUAACUUGUACAGCACCCACUUUUGUGCAGUAGCUGCUAUUGUGGAUGUGACGUGGUCCUAUUUCUUCGUGCCUUGCUUUUAUUGUCGUUUUUACGUGACCGCUCGUUCUUUCCAGUAUUAGUCAUUGUCCUUGCUUAUCUCACCACAAUUUCUCACUACGGUGGUAAACACACUAUGUUUUUGGUACAGAAUAAUGAAAUAGUACAGCUUGGUAUUUCUCAGA